AUGGAAUUCGAACUUCCCAUUAGACUCCUACGCUAUGCCAACGGAAAGUUUUCCGUCUUCGAUCCUCGCCCGAACCAGGUCAACAGCUUUGAUAUUCUCUCCUACACAUGGGAGGACCACGACAAGCCGCAACCAGUCAAGAAGGAGACUCCGGAACAAAAACAACAAAGAUUGGAAGAAGAAGCAAGAAAGGAUGAAGCUGCAAAGCAUGGCAUCAACCACCCCAGAGGCGGGCAACCUUAUGCACACGGAAUAGAAGGCGUCACCUGGUGGUUCAAUGUGGAAGAGGAAAAGCUGAAUGACAUCAAAAGCCUCAUGCGCAACGCCAGCAUAGAAUACCUGUGGGUAGACUGCGUGUGUAUCAACCAGCGGGAUCGUAGCGAGAGCGCUGGCGAAGUGCUCAAGAUGUUUGAGUACUACAAGAGCGCUCGCACAUGUCACAUAUUGCUCAAGAUGGAGCACAAGCCGUGGAAUCCUCAGGAGAUUGUCAACGACCUCAAGUUUGUCGAUCACUUGCUCUACCACAUGCACGGCAGCGCACUGGCGUCAGAGGCCAGGUUGACGGACAAUUUGAAGACGAGUCUCAGUGCUUGGGCAGACAGCACCUGGGAUUUCCCCGUGGACCGAUCCAUUGUCCGGUCCGCCGCCAUUGAGCCGGGCCUCUUGAACUGCUACUCGACCUGCGUCAGCCGGGUCACGUCUCUGUUCAGCAACCGCUACUUUUCCCGGGUUUGGACGUUUCAGGAAAUGCUCCUCGGCAAGAACAUACACAUGUGGGGUCUGAACAAGACUGAGGUGGCACCGAUUGGAAAGCUCGACAACUGGAUGGACCUGGCCACGGACGCCAAGGACAAGGCUACCAAGCUGUACGCCUGGAUAGAGACGGCCCGGGAGUGGAAGACGGCAUCUUGCGACGCCGUUCUCGCCCAGAUCGAAGCCGACAUUGAGCGGCUCGAAUGGCUAACGGUGCAAGCCCAAGGCAUCGUGGCAGCCAGAACCGACAUUGUAAACGGCGGGCCCGGCUGGUGGCGCCACAACCACGACGGCGUGAGUAAUGUCUUCUCGGCCGUUUCCCUGAGGCCGCGCCGGUGUCGGGACAUGGAAGACAUAUUCAAGGGACUGCUGGGCAUCUUCAAGGGACUCUUCACCUAUGAGGAGAUUCAAGCGGACUUCAAGGACAAGACGCUCGACCAAAUGGCUUUUCACUUUUUCAAGAACCUUUCCAUCAAGACCGAAUACGCGUGGACCAGACUGGCAAUCAGCAGCGGGGAACGAACCUCGUAUAAUUGGAUUCCAAUCACAACAAACUCUGAAGGAACAGGCGACGAGGACAAUCAAGAAAACACUCUAACCACUGACUGCUUCUCUGGCAUCGUCAAUCUGGGGCGCCUAAAGUCAAAGGGCUCGGUCAAGACCCCGGCCAUCACGGGAGUAGUGGGGAACCCGCGGGAGUACAUGAAGAUCUCCCUCGUCCAGGGCGACGGCCAGUUCCGGUUCGUCUUUCGGGGCUGCAACGCCGGCAAGACGGUCAAGACGGGAAAGUGGUUCGGCAAGGAGACCAUACCCGUCAACGAGCAAGCCGUGCGCGUCGCCCGGGACGACACGGGCCGGACCCUGGUGCAGUGCGCCACGCUGCUGGCCAUGGUCAUGGACCCCGGAUGCCACGUCGUCCAGUACCGGCGGCGCCUCCUCCAGAGCCUCCGGCCCGUGUGGACCGUCAGCGACCCCUACGCCAAGCUCCCCGGGUGGAUUGACAGAAACGUGAGCGGGACCCAGUGGCAGAAUCCUGACCCCUGGUCCCUCAGGUCUCAUAAUCAUUCUGUAAACUACGUCAUGGAUGAGAGCUUGGAUUGCAACUCUCGUCUGCACAAGGGGAGCACAAAGAAAAUCAUGUGCGAGGUGCGCGUCAAUUGCGGGUGUACCAUUGUCGCGCCCUUCUCGCUCAUCUUCGAGGCCCUGACGGUGGUGGAGGGGAGCUCGUUUGGCAACAUCAUUGGCGUCCAAGAUCACGACCAUAGGAUCAUACUAAACGACGGCUUGGGGCUUGUGCAGGCCGGCGAUGUAGGAAGUUCCUUUGACCUGGUUGCCUUUGGGGGCAGCGUCGACUUUCACCCGUCCUACGCCAAGAGCUGCCGAAGAACCAAGAAAUACGAGACGGUGCCGCCAAAGCUGCCUCCGCCCCAGGGCCGGGCUCUUGUUCGGGAGGACUUUAGCCAUGGCAUGAUGGGUGGCUACGGAUACGUGAGGACUGGUGGCGCCGGGAACCUACUCAUUUACAGGAAUCAUCCUGUGGAUAAGUACAAGAUCAUUGGAGUCUGCAUCAACGACCACGUGGAAAAUAAGAAGGGCGAGAAUCAGGUGGACAUACGGUAG